UGCGGCCAGACGCCAGCAGCAGCAGCAGCAUCAGCAUCAGCAGCAGCAUCAGCAGCAGCAUCAGCAGCAGCAUCCAGCUCGGAGGCAACGCGGCGCACCGACCCAGCUGCCCGUAUUGUCCGCCGGCUCCGCAAAUCGGCUGCGUCACACCGUUAAAUAAAACACACACACACACACACACACCCAGCGCUGGAACAACACGAUCGCCACAGCAGCGGGACAUAGACUGAUUCGGCCAAGCUGGGAAAAUGGUUAAACUGGGGAAUAAUUUCAGCGAGAAGAACAACGGAAAGGUGGUCUCUGAGGACGGGUUCGACACCAUCCCGCUCAUAACCCCCUUAGACGCCAGUCAGCUGCAGUUCCCUCCUCCAGACAAGGUGGUGGUGAAGACAAAGGCGGACUACGAUGGGGAGAGCAAGAAAGGGAAGCUACGAUCCCCCAAAAUCGCCGAGUUCUCCAUAAGCAUCAUCGAAGGUGUAUCCGAGCGACUCAAGGUGACCCUGCUGGUGAUCUGUGCCCUGGCCUUCCUGGUGUGCGUGGUCUUCCUGGUCGUCUAUAAGGUGUACCAGUACGAGCAGCCGUGCCCCGACAGCUUUGUUUACACGCAAGGGCGCUGCAUGCCAGCCGGAAUGUACGGCAACUUCCCCCCCCAGGGCCCCGGGGGCCGCGGGCGCCUCUUCACCCUCAUCAACCACUACAACAUCGCCAAGCAGACCAUCACCCGCUCCGUGUCGCCAUGGAUGACCAUCAUGUCCGAGGAGAAGGUCACUCAGCAGGAGACGGAGACCGCCCAGAAGCUGGCUUAACUGACCCGGGGUCAGGAGGGGAGAACAAAUAAAUAAUAGGGUUGUGCCAUUCAAGCAAACCUCAGAAUCCCCGGGCUGUGUGUUGGUGACGAAUGGUUCUUGCCGGAGGCGCUGCGCUGCCGUGAUGUGGUCCGUGUGCUGCAGCAGGGCGCGCGUGGCCAUUUUGAAGUGGUUUGAGCGGAGCGAGGCUCGUCGCGGGGUGGACUGGUGUUUGUUUGAAUAGCAUAUGUCGUUAUUUAUUUACACGUGAAAACAGAGUGGCGAGCGUGUAGAAAAGGCCACACACACACACACACACUGACUCGCCGUCUUUGUACAUACACAUGCAACAGAACUCACGUCAGUACUCGGAUUGUGCAACGACUGUGAACCAUCUCGUGUCUGCGUUGCUCGUUUUAACGCACCCGACGCACGACUACUAAUGCUACAGUUUGCUUUGGAGUUCUUUUUGCUUUCAAAAAAAUGUCAAGUAGUGGUCGCGCAUGUCCGACUUCUUCUAAUGUAAAGGAGUUACUGCGGAGGUGGUGGAAAUAGCUUGACCUUGAAGAAUCUUUUGAACCAGCGGAUCACACUUAUUUCACGUUUGGCCUCCACAGGUUUCACAUAUUUGAUGCAUUGAGUCUUUAAAACAGCAUUAAUGAUUGUCUCUGUUACUUUGAACUCUCUGGGCUUUUCUUCAGUGGCUACACAAUCCUUAAGUAAUUGUUACUUUUCAUAACAUAACCGUUAUGCUCCAGUAUUGAAUGUUUUUUGCAUUGCUAGUAAAAACACUGUAUUGUGCAAUGCUUCGCACCACAGACGGCUGUCGGAGGCCGUCGCAGAUACUAGACUAGGUUGAUGUAGUGGAACAAUCAGACAGUAGUUGCUUGUCCUGUUGCUUUUUUUCUGUAUUUGUCCUUUAACUUAAAUUGUCACAAAUUAUGUACCUUUUUCAAAUAAUGUAAUGAUUAUCAUUGAAGUGCAUUUGCUACAUAAAGAUGUUAAGUGAAGAGCUGAAAUAAAGUGCCCACAUUUCACAC